AUGCAACUUUGGCUCAAGUUGGGGAUAGCUGGGGGCAGUCUUUUUAUGUUCGGUACCCUCUUCGGAUUCGCCAUUUUCCCGCCGUUCCUCAAGAGUCAACUGAAGAAGCAAGUUACGUUAAAACCGGGAGGAGAGGUGAGGCAGAUGUGGGAAGUUGUACCUUUUGGUAUAGAUUUUCGAAUUUUUCUCUUCAAUAUCACCAAUCCUGAUGAGAUCAAGGCAGGUGCCAAGCCAAUAGUCAAUGAAGUUGGUCCAUUCUUCUAUGAGGAGUACAAGGAGAAAGUCGACAUAGUGGACAAUGAAGAGGAAGACACCGCUGAGUACUCCAACAAAGUGACGUGGAAGUUUGUCCCUGAUAAGUGUGGACCAGGACUCUCCGAAGAUACUGUGAUAACUUUUCCUCACGUGAUGAUUCUCUCCAUGGUCAUGUCAGUCCUCAGGGAGAAGCCAGGGAUGAUAGGUUUUGUCGCGAAGGCCGUGGACAGUAUUUUCAAGAAGCCCGAUUCAAUAUUCUUCAAGGCCACAGUGAGGGAGUUCCUCUGGACAGGCUUACCAAUCGAUUGCACAGUUCAAGACCUGCAGGGAAAAGCAAUUUGCUCACUUCUUGCUGAGAAUGAAGCGGCGUUCAUCAAGGAAGGCCCUCAGAAAUACAGAUUUGCUCUUCUAGGUGCUAAAAAUGGCACAGUCGUACCCGAUAGAAUAAAAGUUAAGCGAGGUCUCAACAAUUACGUGGAAGUGGGUGAAGUAGUGGAAUUCAAGGGAGAGAAAAAGCAGAAUGUCUGGGCUGAGGAUGGCCCCUGCAAUGAUUAUCAUGGAACAGAUACCACUAUUUUCCACGCCCUUCUCUUUGAAGAUGAAGAUGUUGUUUCUUUUGCUACGGAUUUGUGUAUCAGUCUACCAGCAUACUACGUAAAACCUUCCAGUUACAAAGGUGUUCCUACGAAUCUAUACACCGCAGAUUUAGGUGACAUGAAUAAAGAUGAAGACUUGAAGUGCUUAUGUCAGGCUCCAGAUAAAUGUAUGAAGAAAGGUUACAUUGAUCUCUUCCCCUGCGUCGGUGCACCCCUGAUUGCCAGCCUUCCUCAUUUCUACCUCGGUGAUCCCUUUUACUUGAGCCAAGUCGAUGGUCUCAAACCAAAUAAGGAGGAUCAUGAGAUUUUCAUGAAUUUCGUGGCAUUGGCGGGUGCACCUAUAGAAGCAAGAAAACGCUUACAAUUCAAUAUGUUCAUUCAUGCAGUCGAGAAGUUCAAGUUGAUGAAGACUUUCCCGGAUGCACUACUUCCAUUAUUCUGGGUGGAGGAGGGUGUUGCAUUGGACGACGAAUAUCUAGCUCCGCUCAAGAUGCUCUUCACGAUGAUGUCCAUCGUUAAUAUUAUGAAGUGGCUGAUGAUGGCCCUAGGUCUUGCAUUAGCCGGCACCUCUGGCUUCCUGAAGUACAAGGAGAUGCAAACCUCACAGAAGCUCACAAUCACGAAGGUAUCUCCUAAAUUCACUGCGAAUGGAAUGGCGCCAGGUAGCACCGAUAAAAAACGGCCCCUGGACGUGAAUACACUGCAAUCACAAACUGUGCCCGCUCUAGACAAUUAAUCACUGGGGACCAGUCGAAAAGCAAGUGAACUGGCCGAAAGCAAUAACUCCAAAUUUUGGGAGCAAAUAUCAAAGGAUAGUUCGCUAGGAAUUUUUCCAAAGCUUAUCAGAUUUUUUAAUGACAUUUCUCCCUAGAAUCACUAGUUUCCAAAAUAAAUUCGAGUGCAGUUCUUUUUCGUUUUGUCCUUUCACUGCUGAUUUUAAUUACUGGUUACAAUAGUUAGUUAAUUUAAUAGUUAGUUAAUUAUUUCAACAGAAGAGAAUAGCAAAAACGGCAAGAAGAGUAAAUUAAUCCUAGAGAAACCCUCAUUGAAAGGAAUGUGUGUUUGAGUGAUAUUUAGAAAUGUUGGAAUUCUACUCCAAAUCGAUAAUUUGAUUAUUUAUUAAUGAUUAAUAACCCUCUCAGUUCAUGAUUGAUUUGAAUGGUAAACAAUUAUUAUGUAUCACUAGUUUCUCAACGGAGUAAACUCGCAAACGAAUAAAGUGACAGGAGGCGGCGCAAUGAUACUAUUAAUAAAUUAGGAUGUCUAAUGCCAAAAAUGUAGAUAAGAAGUAAAAGUCAAUUGAUAAUCAUUGAAUAGUCGUAUCCAACGGAGUUACACGUGACUUCUCUCUUUUACAGAUUCAUUUACAAAAACCUACGUCAAGAACGAUGUUACACUCUAUGGUUCAUAAAAAUGAAUGAGAUAAAAUUGGCAAUUCCGUGACGUCAAGCAUGAAAUUCGUCAACUCCUCAACUGCUAUGAUAAACUUCAGUCCUUUUUCCAUCCUUGGAUCAAGCAGUGAUAAAUGAUAAUAACAUGGAGUUUUUUUCCAAAUGAUUAUGCAAAAGUUUUGAAAUUCUCUCGGAUUCCUUAGAUCGUCGUCGGAUAUUUCUUUUAAAAUAGAUUGUGUUUUGCAACAGUCAUUUCUUAAGUUAAGCUGUUUCAAUCUCUGUAAAUCGCCCUUUAUUAAUCAAACUAAUAGGGCAAUUUGUCUGAUACGGGAAGAACGAUUGUCUCCCAUUAUGAGGGGAGUGCAGAAUUUGGUUCGGAGGGAAAAUUUCGGCAGAAAUCAUGACUCAAAUUCAAUGACUGCUAUCUUCACCUGCACACAAUAGCUAGCAAGUGAUGGCAAUCAAUAAAUUCGAAAUGUUAUCUGAUCAUCAGGAAUAAUAUAGUAGACUCCCCUGCAUCUCUUUGCUUUGCUGAAGGUGGGGAACACAGUAAAAUUUGAAAGUUCACUGAGAGAAAAAUUCUCUAGUAUGUAGACCAUAUUCACUUGAGACAAAUUAUUAUUGAGUAAAUUAUUUUCACGGGCUUAAAAUAUUCUAGCCUUAAUAUUAAUAACAAUCAGCCCUAAUAUCAGUACUUAAUUUUAUAUUUUAGUCUCAAAAUAUUUGCGUUCUGCGUUACAUCAUGAAUAUAUUACAUAUCGAACAUGGGAAGUGCAUUAAAAAAAUCAUGAAAACAAUAAAUACUUAAAUUCUUGUACUUAAUUUGCGACAAAAUCGCACUUGAGUACAAGAAUAUUUUAAAUGAGACAUGAGACAUGAGACAUGAGCUAUUUUCUCGGACCAUGUUAGUUGAGAAGUCUGGAACAAUUAAGCGAUUGAAGAAGAACUACUUGCAUCAAGUAAAUACGUUUCAGAUAUUAGAAUUUUUUUUAUCAGUGUAGGGGGAUUGUCCUUACCAUGCUGACGAUUUUAGUACUCAUUUUUUAUACUCAAAAAAUGAGAAAAAAUAGGUUUCAAUUUAUUUCAUUGACGGCAUGUAGUUGUACAUCCAUAAAAUCUUCAAAAUUGUCUCCUGACCAGAAUUUUCGAUGGAUUGACUUGAAUUUUGGUUUCUAGUCGUCAAGUUUUUGAGGAAAAAUCACUC